CGGCGACUUGAUUUAACGUGAAGUCACGGUGCAUUUUUUCUGCGAUUUCAUUGACUAGCGUGUUGUGUAGUUCGCCAUGUCGAAAGAGCCACGAGAACCGGAGCAGCUCCGGAAGUUGUUCAUCGGAGGCCUGAGCUUCGAGACAACAGACGACAGCCUGCGAUCUUAUUUUGAGCAAUGGGGCACGUUAACCGACUGUGUGGUUAUGAGAGAUCCGAACUCCAAGCGCUCCAGAGGCUUCGGUUUCGUCACAUACUCCUGUGUGGAGGAAGUCGAUGCUGCCAUGGCGGCACGUCCUCACAAAGUCGAUGGCCGCCUUGUAGAGCCCAAGCGUGCUGUGUCUAGAGAGGAUUCCAACAGACCCUUCGCGCACACUACAGUGAAAAAGAUCUUUGUGGGUGGCAUCAAGGAAGACACAGAAGAGGACCAUCUACGGGACUACUUUGAGAAAUUUGGAAAGAUCGAAGCAAUUGAAAUCAUGGUCGACCACAAGACUGGUGUCAGAAGAGGCUUUGCAUUUGUUACAUUUGAUGACCAUGAUGCUGUGGAUCGUAUUGUUAUUCAAAAGUACCACACAAUAAAUGGCCAUAAUUCAGAAGUCAGAAAGGCUGUGUCUAAACAAGAGAUGCAGAGUUCAUCAAUGAACAUGAGAGGCCGUGGAGGUGGAAACUUUGGACGAUAUGGCAACGACUUUGGAGGAGGCAGAGAUGGGUUUAGAGAUGGGUUCAGAGGUGGCAGAGGUGGAUAUGGUGGUGGAGAUGGAUACAACAGUGGCUUUGGUGGUGAUGGUGGUUAUGGUGGUAGCGGCGGUGGCUAUGGGGGAAACCGUGGUGGAGGAUAUGGUGGCGGUGGACAAGGCUAUGGAAGCGGCGGUGGUGGCGGAGGAUAUGGCGGAGGAGGAUAUGGUGGUGGUGGUGGCGGCGGCAGUGGUUAUGACAACUAUAACAACGGCAAUGGAAACUUUGGCGGCAACUUCGGAGGUGGUGGUGGCGGCGGCAGUAGUGGCAACUACAAUGACUUUGGAAACUACAACAACCAGCAGUCAAAUUUUGGCCCAAUGAAGGGAAACUAUGGCGGCGGCGGAGGUGGCGGCAGGAAUAGCGGCCCCUAUGGUGGUGGUGGAUAUGGUGGUAGCUCGGGUGGAGGUGGAGGAUAUGGCGGUGGCUCCAGUGGUGGAUAUGGAGGAAACUCGGGCAGACGAUACUAAGUCCCUUUUAAAGGACUCAGUACUUAAAGAGGAGACAGGAGAGCGAGAGGGCUGACAGGGCAGCGGCAGGUUUACUCCCUAGAUCUGCUCAGCCAUUCAGAAGAGAUGUACAGUAGUGCCGUCACAAGCGGGACUGUUUUUAUGUGUGGAUGUGAUGUCGUUUUUUUAUUUUCUUUAUGGGAUGCAUUCCAUGUGAGGUUUUGUAGAACUUUAUUCCGCUAAACUAAUUAUGUGUAACUCCAAGAAUUAAGUUGAAAUAAAGCAACUUCCAGUUUUUUUAUCAAAA